AUGGGUUCCUCAGAGCUUCCUACCAAGAUGAAGGCGUUGAAGUACGAUGAGCCAGAGAAGUUCAGUGUUGUCGAGGUGCCCCUUCCUACGCUGCGUGAGCACGAUGUCUUGGUCAAGGUCAAGGCCUGCGGUGUGUGCGGUACUGAUAUCCAUAUCCACGAGGGUGAAUUUUUGGCCAAGUUCCCAUUGAUCCCCGGCCACGAGACUGUUGGCGUUAUUGCCGACAUUGGAUCCAAGGUCAAGGGCUUCAAGGUCGGCGACCGAGUCUGUGCCGACAACUCCGAGCUUUGCGGAGAAUGCUUCUACUGCCGUCGUGGUGAGGAGCUUCUCUGUGAAGACUUCCAAGCCCACGGUGUCACCAUGGACGGUGGCUUCGCCGAGUACUGCGCCUACCCAGCAAAGAGAGUGUUCCCAUUCAAGAACCUCUCUGACGUCGAUGCCACUCUCCUCGAGCCUGCUUCUUGCGCCGCCCACGGUUUGGACAAGAUUGCCCCCAAGAUGGGUUCGCGGGUGCUCAUGUUCGGUGCGGGACCUACGGGUCUCGUGUUGACUCAACUGCUCCGCCAGAACGGUGGUUGCCACGUUGUCAUUGCUGCACCAGAAGGUCUCAAGAUGGAACUGGCCAAGUCCCUAGACGCUGCGGAUGAGUACGUUGAGCUCUCGCGAAAGGACCCAAGCGCGCAGUUUGAGAAGCUGAAGUCAGAGAACCCAUACGGGUUCGACAUCGUUGUUGAGGCCACGGGUAGCGUCAAGAUCCUUGAGGAUGCCAUCAACUACGUCCGAAGAGGUGGAAAGCUCGUUGUGUACGGUGUGUAUGGCAACAAGGACCGUGUCACAUGGCCACCCAGCAAGAUCUUUGGUGACGAGAUCACCAUCCUUGGUUCUUUCUCCGAGACCUACAAAUUCCCUGCCGCCAUCGACUAUCUCGACAGCGGAAAGGUCAAGGUCAAGGGUAUUGUCAACAAGACUUUCAAGUUGGAGCAAUGGGCUGAGUGUCUCGAGGCCAUGAAGAACAAGAGUGCCAUCAAGGCUGCGAUUGUGUUCGACUAG